AGGGGCGGAGGAGGCGGCGGCGGCAGAGGAGAGAGCGGGAGGAGGGAGAGAAGGCAGGAAGAGGGCAACCGAAGGCCGGGCCAGGUGGCUGGACCGGGUGCCGGCUGCGCUGCGCUGCUCUCGGUUCCGACGGCCUCUCUCAUGCGUUGAGGGCGCCCGGCUGGGCCGGGCCAGCGGCCGGAGGGGAGGCUCCUCUCCAUGGUCCAGAAGACCAGCAUGUCCCGGGGCCCUUACCCAUCCUCCCAGGAGAUCCCCAUGGAGGUCUUCGACCCCAGCCCACAGGGCAAAUACAGCAAGAGGAAAGGGCGGUUCAAAAGGUCGGAUGGGAGCACGUCCUCGGACACAACAUCCAACAGCUUUGUCCGCCAGGGCUCAGCAGAGUCCUACACCAGCCGUCCGUCGGACUCCGAUGUGUCUCUGGAGGAGGACCGGGAGGCCUUAAGGAAGGAGGCAGAGCGCCAGGCAUUAGCCCAGCUUGAAAAGGCCAAGACCAAGCCAGUGGCAUUUGCUGUGAGGACAAAUGUUGGCUACAACCCAUCUCCAGGGGAUGAGGUGCCUGUGCAGGGAGUGGCCAUCACCUUCGAGCCCAAGGACUUCCUGCACAUCAAAGAGAAAUACAAUAACGACUGGUGGAUCGGGCGGCUGGUGAAGGAGGGCUGUGAGGUCGGCUUCAUCCCCAGCCCUGUCAAACUGGACAGCCUGCGCCUGCUGCAGGAACAGAAGCUGCGCCAGAACCGCCUCAGCUCCAGCAAAUCAGGUGACAACUCCAGCUCCAGUCUGGGAGAUGUGGUGACUGGCACCCGCCGCCCCACGCCCCCUGUCAGUGGUAACGAAAUGACUAACUUAGCCUUUGAACUAGACCCCCUAGAGUUAGAGGAUGAGGAAGCAGAGCUUGGCGAGCAGAGCGGCUCGGCCAAGACUAGUGUUAGCAGUGUCACCACCCCGCCACCCCACGGCACACGCAUCCCCUUCUUCAAGAAGACAGAGCAUGUACCCCCCUAUGACGUGGUACCUUCCAUGAGGCCCAUCAUCCUGGUGGGACCGUCGCUCAAGGGCUAUGAGGUUACAGACAUGAUGCAGAAAGCUUUAUUUGACUUCUUGAAGCAUCGGUUUGAUGGCAGGAUCUCCAUCACUCGCGUGACGGCAGACAUUUCCCUGGCUAAGCGCUCGGUCCUCAACAACCCCAGCAAACACAUCAUCAUCGAGCGCUCCAACACACGCUCCAGCCUGGCCGAGGUUCAGAGCGAGAUCGAGCGAAUCUUCGAGCUGGCCCGGACCCUUCAGUUGGUUGCUCUGGAUGCCGACACCAUCAACCACCCAGCCCAGCUCUCCAAGACCUCACUGGCCCCCAUCAUUGUUUACAUCAAGAUCACCUCUCCCAAGGUACUUCAGAGGCUCAUCAAGUCUCGAGGGAAGUCUCAGUCCAAACACCUCAAUGUCCAAAUAGCGGCCUCGGAGAAGCUGGCGCAGUGUCCCCCUGAAAUGUUUGACAUCAUCCUGGACGAGAACCAAUUGGAGGAUGCCUGCGAGCACUUGGCCGAGUACUUGGAAGCCUAUUGGAAGGCUACACACCCGCCCAGCAGCACUCCGCCCAAUCCGCUGCUGAACCGCACCAUGGCUACUGCAGCCCUGGCUGCCAGCCCUGCCCCUGUCUCCAACCUCCAGGGACCCUACCUUGCUUCCGGGGACCAGUCGCUGGAACGGGCCACCGGGGAGCACGCCAGCGUGCACGAGUACCCGGGAGAGCUGGGCCAGCCCCCAGGCCUUUACUCCAGCAGCCACCCGCCAGGCCGGGCGGGCACCCUGCGGGCACUGUCCCGCCAAGACACGUUUGAUGCUGACACUCCUGGCAACCGAAACUCUGCCUACACGGAGCCGGGAGACUCGUGUGUGGACAUGGAGACUGAUCCCUCCGAGGGGCCAGGGCUUGGAGACCCUGCCGGGGGCAGUACCCCACCAGCCCGACAGGGAUCCUGGGAGGACGAGGAAGAAGACUAUGAAGAGGAGCUGCCCGACAACCGGAACCGCGGCCGGAAUAAGGCCCGCUACUGCGCAGAGGGCGGGGGUCCGGUUCUGGGGCGCAACAAGAAUGAGCUGGAGGGCUGGGGGCGGGGUGUCUACAUCCGCUGAGAGGCAGGGGCCACGCAGCGGGAGGAAGGGCUCUGAGCCCAGGAGAGGGGAGGGGCGGAGGGGCGCAACCACUGGGGUUGUGUCUUGCCUCCAGGGGGCGCUGUCUCCCCCCUUCAGAUGCCUUUGCUCAAUGUUCGGGGUUUCUUUGGUGGUAGCAUCCCAUCCAGCUCCUGGGAGUCCCUCAAGCCUCAAGGGUAGGUUUUUACCUACCUACUGUGGAUGGAUGGGGGGAUGCCCACCUUUCUGCAGUGUCCCCUUCCCCACCUCAGGGGGCUCUCUCCCCUCACCCAGAGAAAAGGUGCACUUCCUGAACUACCCCGGGCUCCAAAUGAGGUGGCCCUUUCUUUUUCCAAUCUGGAGUAUUUGGGAAGGGUAUGGGGGCUUUUCCUGGAGAAGGGAGACCACAAACUCUUUCUCAUGAGGGCUCUCUUCCCUAAACCCCAGAUCCAGGGUCCCUCACGGUGCCCCCCCCCCCGCUUCCUGGCAGCAUUAUCUGGGAGGUGAAAGCCACAGCAUUGAAGCUAUCUGCGGAGCUUGUCCUGGGCAGUGGUUUGGAGAGAAGCUGGCAGGCAUCUGAUGUAGUGCCCUGUACCUGCCCAGGACCUAGAACCCUGAGGAGGGGACAACCAGAGAUGCUGCUACCUGCCCUAUCACCUCCAUGCCUCAGGCUUUGCCCCUCCCCCCAGGAAUGAGCUUCGCCUACAGUAUCCCUUGCCUGCUGCCAUCCGAAGAGGGGGCCUCUCUGCAUCUGAGCCCCCCGCCAUCCCCUUGUCACCUGGAUUUGGAGUCCAUAGAACACUCCGAUCCGCCUCAUUUUGAAACCAAAAAAAAACCACAAAAAAACACCUGCUCUUUCACUCUCACCCUGAGGCCCCAGGGGGGAGGCCCUGUGCGUUGGUGCCCCAGAGGUAAUGGCCACCACAGAGGUUACCUCGGGACCUCGGAUCUCCCCUGGGGGGCUUGGCUGCUGCUGCUGCUGCUGCUGCUCUGUAUUUGCCUCUUGUGAUCCUGUCCUUUACCCAUGCCCCCCCUCCCCCACCAAGGAGAGGCCUUGGUACUUCCUCUGCCCUGGAGUGUCCUUCUGCCUGGCAUCCCCAUAGCCCAGCAGCCCUGCCCCCGUCCCCCCCCCAGCACCCAGCUGGGCCAGAGAGAGCCGAUUGUGCCAACGAGGACUGGGCCCUGCCCGGCUGCCCGCCUCAGGGAUGGGCACUUCAUGCCUGUCUCGCCACCUCCUGUGCCAAUGUUGUCCCUCCCACCCCCCUCACCUGGGGGGUGGGGUGCAGCUUCCACUUACUGGUUAGAAGAUACCACUGCCCAACCCUUCCCCUUCCCCAUCUGGUGUCCUGUGCCCCCAUCUGUCUGUCUGUCUGUCUGUACUCCCCUAGGAGAAGUAUUUUGCCACAUAUAAAAUUGCCGUCCUGUCCUUUGCGACC